CAGCCAAAGAACAGUUAAAGUUGGUCUUGUUUUGGCUCUGUUCAUUUUCUGAGCACUUCUUCUCUUCUUUUCUCAAGACAAACCCUCAGACUUUCAAGGUGUUAGGCCAUUGAAAUGUCUGCUUAUACUCAUGCCCGUAUGCCCGCCCCCUCCGAUCAGCAGCAGCCCGUUCAUCGUCGUCAUCCCUUCACAAAUGCAAACGUUCUCAAUCAGCCUCACCUGACGUCUCCUGUAAAGCCACAAGAGAAACCCAAGGCAACUCCGGCCGACCCACCUUUGCCCAGGCAGAAUAGCAAGACUACCCCUCCCUCACCCCCAAGAGUAAUCGUCGAUCAGAAUCGACAAGUUCAGUACUAUCGUGUAGGAUUUCUCGGAGAAGGAGGAUUCGCGCGUGUCUAUGAGGUGGCAGACGGUCGUCACAGUGCCGCACAACACCUUGCUUGCAAGGUCGUUACCAAAUCGUCUCUGAAGACGAAGAAGGCCAAAACUAAGCUCUAUGCAGAAAUCAAGAUACACCGUUCGCUCGCUCAUCCCAACAUUGUGCGCUUCCAGGAAUGUUUCGAAGAUGACGAGAACGUCUACAUGACCCUAGAGCUUUGCACUAGCGGAUCAUUGAUGGACAUGCUCCGUCGUCGUCGUCGCUUCAGCGAGUGCGAGGCCCGAUUCUUUCUUGUGCAGCUCAUCGGUGCAUGCCACUACAUGCAUAUCCACCAAGUCAUCCACCGUGACCUUAAGCUCGGGAAUUUGUUCCUUGACUCGAACAUGAACAUCAAGGUCGGCGACUUUGGUCUUGCUGCCUUGAUUGAGAACCCUGGUGAACGAAAGAAAACUAUCUGUGGCACACCAAACUACAUUGCCCCCGAGGUGUUGUUUGACACUGCGAACGGGCACAGCUUUGAGGUUGACACUUGGUCGAUCGGUGUCAUCUUGUAUACACUUGUUAUCGGACGCCCACCCUUCCAAACCAAGGACGUCAAGGAGAUUUAUACACGAAUCCGCGACAACGUCUACGAGUUCCCGCCUGAACGCCGUAUUGCACCCGAUACUAAGGACUGCAUCACAUCUAUUUUAACACCUGACCCCUCAAAACGUCCCACUCUCCUUGAAAUCCUUAAGUCGCCCUUCAUCGAGCUCGGCAUUGUCCCACCAUUUAUUCCCGUCUCCGCACAUGAUGCGCCCCCCGACUUCCGAUACCUUACGCGUCCAAUGUCCGUAGUUAACCUCAUGAAGCUCAAGAAAGCUGUGUGGUUGGACGAUGACCAUAUCUCGACCAUAGCAGUUCCAUCGGCUCCGGAAGACAAGGCGAAGAAUCCGAUUACGUCGACCAUAGCUCAGCAAGAGAAGGAGUUCCAGAAGGCUGUUCAGCCUGGCAGUCCUAUCUCUGCGCUGCUUAGUUCUGCCAGGCAGCCGUUGGUCAUGUCGACAAAUGGAAUCAAGGAGUCGCCUUUGUUCAGGAAAUUGCAAGCAGCGAAGGACACGAAAUCACCUCUACGGACCGUGCGCACUGCACGUGGGUUGCAAGACAUAGAAGAAGAGAACGAUGCGCCUCGGGGAACUCGGGAGAAAAAUCACGAUCAGCAGAGACAGAAGGAGCUCGAAUCGCAGAAGGCGAGAAUUGUGGCCCAGAUGGCUCCGGUUACUGGUCUUGGCGCACACCGCAUCGAUGAAGACCAGGAGAAUCUACCUCCUACACGUAAGGAUCUAAAGGGUAAGGAGCCGAUGCGCGGGGAACGCAAGGAAACUCCAGUGCAGGAUGUGCACUUGGAAUCUCCGCAAGUAAAGCCCAAUGGGUUUGAUGCCGCUGCACAGACUUUGACGCAGGCAUUUGACGCGAAGGCUGCCGGCAAACUGUUCCGUGAUCCUCGUGAUGAUACUACCAUCCCCGAUGAGCGCGUUUUCAUCGUGUCUUGGGUAGAUUACUGCAAUAAGUACGGAAUGGGUUAUGCCCUGACGGAUGGGUCUGUCGGUGUGCACUUCAAUGACAGUACGACCCUCAUUCUCUCAGCGGACAAGCAUCACUUCGAUUACAUUUCCUCUCGACGCCACGGAACUGUCUACGUUAGGAAGAACUAUUCUGUGACCGAGUUUCCUGAGGACCUCAAGAAUAAGGUCUACCUUCUCAAGCAUUUCGAGCGCUACAUCAUGGACCGCCUGUACGGCGACUACGAGUACACCUUCGAGGACCAUGACCGCACCAAGGGAAUGGAUUUCGUACAGAAGUAUUUGCGUAUGAAACACGUUAUCGUGUUCAAGAUGAGUCAUGACGUUCUUCAGUUCAACUUCUACGAUCACUCAAAAGUCAUCCUUUCGUCUCAUGGUUUACUGGUAACGCAUAUCGACAAGAACUACAAGAUCGCGCGAUUCACGCUCAGUGAGAUUAUGGCACUAUCUUUACAACCUCCUGUUGCAGAUCCCGAAGAGGCCAAGUUCAACCAGCGACUCGUAGACAAGCUCAAGUACUGCAAGGAGGUGCUUACAUCUAUCCGUAACGCGAGCGCCAACCAAGCUGCGACUGAUGAUGACGCGGGGAUGGGGGGAGGGCUGGUCAGCGCGAAGACGUCCAAGGCAUCGCUGCGGUGAUGCAUGUGAUGGAUGAAGCGCGUGUAUACUGUUGCAUAGGCUGUCGGUGG